AUGAGUAAAUACUCAGACUCUCCCGAGUGGGACGAUGUCGUUCCAGUCGCCCAAAAUGAUGGAGGCCCCAACCCAUUAGCUGCCAUUGCCUAUACGGAGGAAUAUAGUGAAGCGACGUCUUACCUGAGAGCUGUCAUGGCCCAAGACGAAAAAGCAGAUACCCUCUUUGUACUGAAGAAAGACCUCUUGCAAGAAUUGGAAUGGCUGAACAAGAUCUCCCUCAAACAUCUGAAGAAUUAUCAAAUAUGGCAUCAUCGCCAGACAAUUAUGAGCCGUAUUCCAUCUCUGCCAUCCAAUGAGCUCUCUUUCCUUGCUCGUAUGUUCUCCAAAGAUGCCAAAAACUACCAUGUAUGGUCUUACCGGUCAUGGCUUGUUCGUCACUUCUCGCUGUGGGAAACGGAGCUUCCGUACAUUGAAACACUUCUCAAAGAAGAUGUUCGGAACAACAGCGCUUGGAAUCACCGCUGGUUCAUUGUUUUCGGGAGACACAUGGAUCCGGCAAAGGACAGCAUUAAGGAUGGAGGAGUCAUUUUCGAGAUUGAUCCCGAGAUCAUCAAUAGGGAAAUUGAGUAUGCAAAGGAGAAGAUAGGUCUAGCCCCGCAAAAUCAAUCGCCAUGGAACUAUCUUAGGGGCAUUCUGAAGAAGAGAUCAAAAAGCUUGACGGAGAUCAGAGACUUUGCCGAACAGUACGCCAAUCUCGAAAAGGAAGAUGAGAUUAGGAGUAGUCACGCGCUCGAUCUCUUAGCUGACAUCUUUACGGAGGAAAACCAAGUGGAAAGGUCUGGCAAGGCUCUAGAACUGCUAGCAAACAGGUUUGAUCCGAUAAGGAAGAACUAUUGGAACUAUCGCAGGACUCUACUUGGGCUGACGGAAGUGAGCGCAUGA